CUCAAAACAAACGAGCUCAGUAGGUUAACGGCGCUAUAAGCAAACGUGGUGGAGUCGGGUUUAAGGGAGCUUCACCAAACUUUCACCCGAGAUUAAGUAGAUUCUUGGCGGCCUCCAGACGGACUUUCACCCACUGUCCUCCCUGGUUCUCACGAUUUCAAGAGAGGGUGCUUUCAGUGCUUUCUACUGGUAGCCAGGCCACAGGCUAACGCUAGCGGCUAACGCAACAAAUGAACGUGAUGGAGUCGGAUAGCGGCUCUAACCUUGCCGAAACAGCUGAAGUUCUUCAUGAGUGGAUUGGGCACGGACUGCAUCUGGCAAUCAAUUUCAGAAAAGAUCUUGGUGCUGAGCAGCAUGAGCCAGAAUCUCCUGGAGUUAAAGAGGAUGUUGAGUUCCCCCAAAUCAAAGAGGAGGAGCCAAACCCCUGCCAACAGAAGCAACUUUCAAUCAAAAAGGAGGAGGAAGAGCUGCCAUGUGUUAAAGAGGAGGAAGGUAUUACCAGGUCGACUGGUGAGCCCUUGAAAAGUGAAGAUGGUCCGAUUGAGGCUGGCAAAGGGACAGAGCCUGCAAGCAGCAGCAGCUCAACAGAAGGAUUGCAAGCAGACAUUUUCAUCGCCACAUCAGACAGAAAUGGCACCACGUCACAGUCACCUUACAAUGAUGACGGUCACAAGAAAUCUCACCGUGACGACACACUCUGCAAAUGCUCUAAGUGUGGGAAAACCUUCGCUGAUAAGAAAACUUGUCGUAUGCAUAUGAGGAGCCACACUGUUGAAAAACCUUUUGUCUGCUCAAUUUGUGAAAAAAGAUUCUCUCGAAAGCAACACUUAAAAAGUCACGAAAGAACCCACACUGGCGAAAAACCAUUUUCCUGCUCAGUUUGUGAUAAAAGAUUUUCUCGAAAGCAACACUUUGAAAGUCAUGAAAGAACCCACACAGGCGAAAAACCUUUUUCCUGCUCAUUUUGUGGUCAAAGAUUCACUCGAAAGCAAGGCUUGCAAAAUCAUGAAAGAGCCCACACUGGUGAAAAACCUUUUUUCUGCUCAGUUUGUGAUCUAAGAUUCGUUCAAAAGAAAAGCUUACAAAAUCACGAAAGAACCCACACUGGCGAAAAACCGUUUUCCUGCUCAGUAUGUGGUCAAAGAUUCACUCGAAAGCAAGGCCUACAAAGGCACAAAACAACCCACACUGGUGGAACACCUUUUUCCUGCUCAUUUUGUGGUCAAGGAUUCCGUUGCAAGAGCUCCUUAAAAAUGCACACAACAAUCCACACUGGCGAAAAACCUUUUUCCUGCUCUGUUUGUGGUCAACGAUUCAUUUACAAGAACUCCUUAAAAAUGCACACAAAAAUCCACACUGGCGAAAAACAUUUUUCCUGCUCUGUUUGUGGUCAAAGAUUCACUCAAAAGCAACACGUGGAAUCACACACAAGAACCCACACUGGUGAAAAACAUUAUUCAUGCUCAGUUUGUGGUAAAAAAUUUGCUCAAAAGCACCACUUGAAAAGACACACAAGAACCCACAGUGGUGAAAAACCUUUUUCCUGCCCAGUUUGUGGUCAAGGAUUCACGAGGAAAGAUCUGAUGAAGAGACACGUGUGUGUUGGUGUGAGAAGCAGUGGCCAAUGACUAUUUUGCCUGUCAUCCAUGCUGGCUUCAUCAGAUUUUGCACACAGGACGAUUGUAUUCUGUAGAGCUUCCUUAAAUCCUGUUGAGGAUUGGCACUUUUGGUGCCUUGCUUUGACUGUCGUUGUAUGAUGUUCAUCCACCUUAUUGCCUAAACCUUACCUGAUUGAACUCUCUCAAGUGGAAUUACUUAUAUAAUACUGUCCCUCUUUCAAAUUACACUUUUCACAUUUAAUAUUUGAAACAUCAGACCCCAAAUUCCCAAAAUUAAAAAUCAUUCAUAAUAAUGUCAUUAAAUAAAUAUGCAAGCAGGACUGAACCGGCCCUCUCAGGUUGGCACAACUCAGACGGGACACAGUUCAGGGUAGUAGCAGAUCGUCUCACUCUCAUCCUCUCAUGAGAACCUAACUUACUCUAAACUUGCCUUUUUUGGGAUUAGAAAUACAUUCACACACCUAGGAGGAAAAAAAACCCUAUUGGAGAGAGUACUACAAACAGAAGCGCUACUGAGGUGUGCAGCCACGCCCUUAUUCAAUACCAAAAUGAAUCUUCUGAUUUGGCCAAUUUGACCAAGUCUGCCAAUUUCCGUGGCUCAGUGAGCUGCCCAAGUCCCUGAAAAAGUAUAUUUCCUUUAAAUGGUGAACAAAGGGUCAUUACGGCAACAGACAGGGACAUGUUGACAUGGGCAUUAAAAUGUAGUCCUACAAAAGAUCUUGUAACCACAAUGACCAACACUGAAAAGAACUGGACAUGCACAAGUAAAAUGAGUAACUUACUAUGGCCACGAGUCGGUGUUGUCGGGUUGAUGCAAAUGGCCCUUACAGGACUUUUCAGGGUACGACUCUCACCAAGCACGCGAAGUUUGGUGCAGAUAUGUUGUAUGCCUGCCAAGUUAUGACUGUUCAAAAUUUUGGGAAGACAAAAUGGCGACGGUCAUUUUCACUUUCCUGUUUGGACCCCUCUGCUUCAACGAAACCUCAAUAUUUUUCAACAGGCACCUGAACACAUGUCUCAAGGCUCCUCUGAAAUUGGAUUGAGGUCAGUUGUUUUUUUCCCUUGUAGGAGGAGCUGUCGUGUAAAAAUUGGGGGGCAAGCUUCAUGGGUAAUAUUUCAAUGCAGUCGUGUUCAGGCUGGGAUACCUCACAUACUGUACAUUACAGAUAUGAAAAAUAUUGAACCUUGUAUCAGGGAGUUAUUAGUCAUUUACAGAAUUUGGCAUGUUGCCAAAAGAAAUGGCCGACUUUGGCACCCCACCCAGGUCAGGUCUGUGAAUGAAAACUCACUCUUUUGAAAACUUAAGAUCUCAUAUUUCUUAUGAACAGUCUUACCAAUUUUGAGGAGCAUCAGACUUACUCCCUAUUUUCCAAUGUCUCAGAUAUGCACCUGUAACACGUUCUAAAUUUCACAUUCAAUUCAAAAUACUCGAUUUCCUGUUUGGUUUGGAAUAUGGGUGCAAGAGACUUUUUGGAGCAGUUUUUCCACAAGGUGUCGACGCCGCAAAUUUCAUCGUUCUAUGUUGAAAAAACCUAAUAGGAGAGGCCUUUUUGAAAAAUCCUUUCUGUUGCCACUAGUUGACGCUGUAGGGUUGAUGCAAAUGAUCGCUGCAGGAUCAUUCAUGGUAUGAUUCUCAAUAAGCACGGGAAGUUUGGCGCAGAUAUGUUGUAUAUCUGCCAAGUUAUGACUGUUCAAAAUUCGUGUCGAGACAAAAUCACGACUGUCUUCUUCACUUUCCUGUUUGGACCCCUCCGCUUCAAUGAAACCUCAAUAUUUUACAUCAGCCACCUGAACACUUGUCUCAAGGCCCCCCUGAUGCAGGGUUGAGGUUAAUUGAUUUUUUUUCCCUUAGAGGAGGAGCCGGUCUCGUAAAAAAACACCAUUUCCUUUUCCCACUCAGGGGCGCCAGGCCGAAUGGGUAAUAUUUCAAUGAAGUUGUGUUCAGGGUGGGAUACAUGCCAGAUCGGAAAAAUAUUGAACCUUGGAUCAAGGGGUUAUAAGUCAUUUACUGAAUUUGGCAUUUUGCCAAAAAGUGGCCAACUUUGGCACCCUGCCCAGGUCAGGCCCAAGAAUGAACACUCAUUCUCAUUUUGAAAACUUAAGAUCUCAUAUGUCUCAUGAAUAAUCUUAUCAAUUUUGAGGAGGAUCCAACUAACUCCCUAGGCACCAAGGUCUCAAAUGUGCAUCCUGUAAAUCGAUUAAAAAUUCACAUUCAAUCCAAAAUACCCAAUUUCCUGUUGGGUUUGGAACAUGCGUGCAAAAGACUUUUUGGAGCAGUUUUGCACAAAGUAUUGACUCCCCAAAUUUAAUUGCUCUACGUUAAAAAAAAACAUAAGGGAGGCCUUUUACAAAAUUUUGUCAUUUUGUUACAUUUUUUUGCAACGCCACCAAAUUAUCAAAAUAUACACCAAGCCUCAUGGAUGUGCAAAUUUUGGUGAGUUUUCGUGCAUGUUCCAGCCUCCAAAUUGGCCAUUUUCAUUUGCCAUGAAAAAAAAAAAAGCCUUUGCAUUACAAUAGGGCUCUCGCACCAGUUGGUGCUCGGGCGGUAAUGAAAUGCGAUUUUAGUGAGAGGCCCUCACUCAAGUCCACAAUCUAAUAUUGUCUCUAUGAUUUGUGGUAUUUGAACUGUAUCAACAUUGAUGCUAUUUACUGCUGUUUAUAUGACCAAAAUGAAUAGAAUCAAUCUGUAUGAAUGAAUUGCCGAUCUUUGGGAUGUAACGUCCAACAAUUUCGUAUCUGUGCUCAUCAUAAUUUCCAACUGUUUUACAAGCAUUGUAUUUGUUAUUGCAGUCCCUGUAAUCUGUAACAAGAUGUAUUAUUUUUUAUUUCUAUUUAAUUCAAACAGCAUUACUCUUUGAACUGGAUAUUUAAAAAGUUAUUUGGAUAAGGAUAAACCAGCAAGGACAAACGAGAGAGGUAAACUGGGUAACCCACCUAGGCAACACUUUUAGGUCACAACCUACCAGUUGAGAAACACUGAUUAAUUGCUUUGAAUUGUUUUGUUGGCGUGCCGUGUUUUGAUAUUGAUUUAACGUUGUAGAGGGCAGGUUGCUAGAAUAGGCCAUUAUUGGGGAUUAAGGGCAACUCCUGGAAAAGCCAUUACCUUAAUGUUCUAUGUUUAAUUUUACUUUUUGUUCAGUAAGUUAUUACUGCUACACUAUUCCUUUCUUGUGAGUCCUUUAUGAAGUGUUGGGGUCACCAUAUUACAUUUGGUUCGACUAUAUAUAAUUUAAAGUGCCGUUUCUGACUUUACAUGAUAGAUAAGUGCUAAAAAAAAAAAAAAAUGCUCGCCAGCCAAUGCGACUAGUGACGCCCCUGCUGUAUAUAUUUUUAUAUUAAAAAAAAAAAAAAAAAAUCAAAGCACAAUGUUUUUGCUCUUGAAUGUGGAUGUGCUUAAUAAGAAACCAAGUGAGAUGAAAUCCCGAUAAAAUUUCCUUUUUCUUAUAUUCAGUGUUGUCAGUAACGCGUUUACUGUACCGUAAUCUGAUUGCUUUCUUUCAGUAACGAGUAAUCUAACACGUUCAUUUUUCCAAACCAGCAAUUUGGUUAGUUUCCUUACUGCCUGUGCGUUACUAUUUUGUUGUUGCCUCAUAAUGUAUGUGGAAUGAAGAAUACUGUAGUCAUGUGCGAAGAGCAUUUCGAUUAGAAAAUGUUGCUCUUGAUUUUGGGAGUGACAUCACAUGUCAGGUUUUCUCAUCGGAAAAAAAAAAAAACAGGUCACGUGUAUUACCAUGCUGUGUGAGCGCUGUCUACGGCGGCCAACAACAUAGCCAACCUACCUUGUCAGGGAACUAACAGUGAAAGAGGCAGGAGAGAUACCACAAUCGGCUGCAUUUGUUCACUGGAAAUACAGCCAUUACUUUAUAUUUCUGUCCAGUAAAGAUGACAAAAAUAUCUCCGUGAGUUGCAAACUCUCCGAUGGCUCAAAAAGACUGUCGACCGCUAAAAACAUCCAAUUCAAGGAACCACUUGGAAUUACAGCACAACGCGACAAAACUCUAAACCAGUACUUCUCAAAUAGUGGGGCGCGCCCCCCUGGGGGGGCGCAGAGCGAUGCCAGGGGGGGCACAUGUGUCCUGGGGGAACAUGCUUUUUUCUUCUUUUUUUUUUUUUGCCGGACUGGAAUAAAGUGUACUUGCACAUCCACUCAGUGGGUGGCAGUGGCGCUCUCAUUUUCAGAGUGCGUGCAGUAUUUUUGAACUAAGGAAGAGCACUCAGCACACAGAAAACAGAUAUGAAGAACAGUGCGCCGCCGCCGUUUUCGAAAGCUGUUUUCCGACCGGACUCACUCACGCAGCGAUCCACUGUCUUGUCCGGUUCUCACGUCGCCGCCCGAGAAGUGCCAUUUUCGGCUUGGGAUCGUCACGACGACCGCCCUCACCUAUGGUUCUACCUCGGCCGCCGAGAAUGCGCUUUUUUCGUGCCGUUUGACUUUUAGCUUUGACUUUUAAUACAGUGGGGUGAUGAGGAAAGACUACUGUGUCUGAAAAUAAUUAUAGCGGACUGCCAGAAGCCAAAUCAAUUAAGACGCCACUUAAAGACAUUCGACCCCAAUCUCAUUGAUAAGCCGCUUGAUUGUUUUUCAGCGAAAACGUGCCGAAUAUUGCCAACAAUAGUCCUGCUUUGUCAGUGUUAUAUCAGUAAACCAGUGAGCAUUGUUAGCAUGCUCAUUGCAAAAUGACUCCACACCAUUGCAAAGGAGGUAAUACUGAGUGUGAGCAGCAAAAAUAAAAACUGUCCUUCUGUCCAAGGACACUCUUUUUUUCCUUUAUUCAUUUUUGUUUUUUCGGUCAAAUUUUUUGGCAUAUUGUCCUCAUGAGUAAAUGUUUCUAAUCAAUUUGAAUUUGUUAUUAUUUACGGAUUUUAUUACAUUUUAUUUUUCUGUAUCAAAUGGUCAAAAAUACCUUGAGUGUAUUUUUACAGUUUGAAUGUGACUUUUUUUUUUUUUUUUAAUUCAGGCAAAUUGAUGCACGUCAAGUCUUCUCUGUUACAAACAAAACAAUGUUAAUAAAGUUAUACUUUAUUAUAAGUUGAUCUGUUACUUUUUUUCUUUAUUAGAAAAAAAGGACACAAUGUUAGGCAGAUGCGUAUUUAUAAUAGUAAUUUUAUAGACGAAUAAUACUAUUUACAGUGGCGGCGGAGAGUUU